AGCGCGGCCCUGUCGCUGCCGCGCUCGGAGGCGCAGCCGUGCCCCGACCCGACACGGGGCCGCCGUCUCGCCCGUCACAGGCGGCCCGGCCCGGCGGCCAGCGCGGGGCUUAUGGCCAAGUUCUAGGUCAAAUGAUUAGUUCUGUGGCAAGAUAGCAUGACACUUUGAGUAUGACAGAAGCCCUGAUGCUGCAGCAGAGGCUGGGAAUAUUAAUGGCCAAAUCUAGAGAUCAGAUGGUCUUCUAAAGAAGUCAUGGGUAGCUGUUGUAGCUGUCCAGAUAAAGAAACUGUCCCAGAUAACCACCGAAACAAGUUUAAGGUUAUUAAUGUGGAUGAUGAUGGUAAUGAACUGGGUUCUGGCAUAAUGGAACUUACAGAUACAGAAUUGAUUUUGUACACUCGUAAAAGGGACUCUGUAAAAUGGCACUACCUCUGUCUCCGUCGCUAUGGCUAUGACUCAAAUCUUUUCUCUUUUGAAAGUGGUCGAAGGUGUCAAACUGGACAAGGAAUCUUUGCCUUUAAAUGUGCCCGGGCAGAAGAGCUAUUUAACAUGUUACAAGAGAUAAUGCAAAAUAAUAGCAUAAAUGUGGUAGAAGAACCAGUAGUAGAAAGGAAUAAUCAUCAAACUGAAUUGGAAGUUCCAAGAACCCCUCGAACACCUACCACUCCUGGGUUCAAUGCACAAAGUUUACCUAAUGGCUAUCCCAGAUACCCAUCUUUUGGAGAUGCUUCAUCACAUCCUUCCAGCAGACAUCCUUCUGUGGGAAGUGCGCGCCUCCCCUCUGUCGGUGAAGAAUCAACACAUCCUUUACUUGUAGCAGAAGAGCAAGUGCACACUUACGUCAACACUACUGGAGUACAAGAAGAAAGAAAAAAUCGAUUGAGUGUGCAUGUGCCACUGGAAUCAAAGCUUUCAAACACUGAAAUAACUAAAGUGAAAGAAGAUCAGAUGUGUACUGAUGACAGAGAUGCUCAGGUUCUCCUGGAGCCUGAAGGAGUCAAAUUUGUUUUAGGACCAACACCUGUUCAAAGGCAGUUAAUGGAAAGAGAGAAACUGGAGCAACUUGGGAGAGAUCAAGUUAGCGGCAGCAGCACAAACAACACUGAAUGGGACACUGGGUACGACAGCGAUGAACGUAGAGAAACACCAUCUGGUAAUAAACUGGUGUAUGAAAAUAUAAAUAGGUUAUCAAUCCCUAGUGCCUCAGGGGUCAGGAGAGGUCGCUUGACAUCAACCAGUACCUCAGACACCCAGAACAUUAACAACUCUGCUCAGAGGAGAACUGCGCUGUUGAACUAUGAGAACUUGCCAUCCUUGCCUCCUGUUUGGGAAGCCCGCAAGCUGAGUAGAGAUGAAGAUGACAGUUUAGGACCAAAGACCCCGUCUCUGAAUGGCUACCACAAUAACCUAGAUCUAAUGCAUAAUUAUGUCAAUACAGAGAAUGUAACAGUACCAGCAAGUGCUCAUAAAAUAGAAUUUGCACGACGUCGGGACUGUACCCCAACAGUCUUUAACUUUGACAUUAGGCGUCCAAGUUUAGAACACAGGCAGCUCAACUAUAUACAGGUUGACUUGGAAGGUGGUAGUGACUCUGACAACCCUCAGACUCCAAAAACCCCCACCACUCCACUUCCGCAAACUCCAACCAGGCGCACAGACCUGUAUGCUGUGAUAGACAUUGAAAGAACUGCUGCUAUGUCAAGCUUGCAAAAAGCACUGCCCCGAGAUGAUGGUACUUCUAGGAAAACUAGACAUAACAGUACUGACCUGCCUAUGUGAGCCUGGGAAGCAUUGAAUCAUUUGCACCUUUUGUGAAGUUUAUAACAUUGAAGAUGCGAGUACUUUGCAUUUCUUAACACUAAUGCCUUUUAUAGACUAAUAGAACUUUUUCUGCAUACUUCAUGUACUUGUCUAACUAAAGGGAAUUAAUGUAGAGCAAGUAUUCAUCUAGGUAACACUAUUUCAUUCUACAGUAGAAGUUAUUACUGCAUAGCAGCAUCACCACCUUUCACAGUGCCUCUUUAAUUGAUUACAGUCUGAGUGACAUGCUGUUUUUGAAUUUAUAAAUAUUCUGGUCUGGUGCCUAUACUCAUUAAUGGCAUUUAUAACACUUUUUAAAGCCUCUUGAUAUGUGCAUUAUUAGCAGGUAAACCUAAUCUUUCAAUAUACAUAUCUUACAUUCAUUUCUCAUUGAAGUGGUUCCUCCAGAAUGAAAUGUAUGUAAUACACUAAUUCACUCAGUUUGACACACACAAGAUACAUUGGUUCAUCUCAAGGAAUAUAAACACCAUACCUUUUUUGCCUGUGGGCAAGAAGGCCUCUAAUUCCUGACAGUUUUCUCAUCUUGUGUGAUUUUUGAGAGGUCACAUUGAUGUUCAUUGAUCAGAGCUAUAAACACAUCUAAAUCCAGCCUUAAGCUCCUUCCGCUAGAAUAGAAUUCCAAGUCACAUAUCAAAUUCCCUGUGAAAUCUGGCAAAAUUUUAAUCCCAUUAAAGUUUUGGGGUUUUUUGUGAAGGAAUUCACAGGUGGGCUGGAUGAAUUAAGGCUCUCUUGUCCUUUCUUAGUUCAGUGUCCUUUUCUUUCUUUGCAUUUGUAUGUUUCUUUUUUAUUUGUUCCAUAAUGUCUUGGUUUAGAAGUCAAAAUUUUGUACAUAGCUUUAAUUAUUGUUCAGGGUCAUAUAUGUGUUUGUCUUACUCUCUGCAUUUGACAAAGAAAGACUCUUGAAGGUCAAAUAGUUGUCUUUGUCCAGUGUUCUACUUUUUUAUGCCUGACAGAAAUAUCCCAGCUCUCCAGCAGCAUGCAUUAUUGCACAACUGGAAAGGUUUAUUAUGCAGUUAUUGUCUUCCUCUAAAGCAUCAAACACAGGUUACACGGGAGGCAGGGUACUGGACUUGAUAGUUCUUUACAGAAAGUUGUACAUUCUAGCAGUGUGCAUCCAUAGGUGAUAGUAUACUUUAAUUUAGAAAGAUAUGUAGUAAAUUAUCUGAAGGUAGUAUUAUCGACAAGCGUAAUUCUUUUCCUUUUGCAGUUGGUGAAUUUGGUCACAAUGAUGGCUGCUCAGUGUUACAGGUACAUCCAGGUAGAAUGUUCUUUGUUGAAUAUGCCAGAUGCACCCUUAGAAGUUUUUAUUUUGUUUUGUUUAUUAAUACUCUGAAUAAUCUUAGAAUUCUGGCAGUAUUGCAGGCGCACCUUGGUACUAGCAGUAGAAGAGAUUACUCUUGAGCCUGUGAUUGCAAAGGAACUGACACUUGUGUGAACUGGUAUGAUGUAAAAUAACCCCUGAACUGUGAGGAAAAACAUGCACGAAAAGCCAUUUGGAGAUCUGGAAAAGCAUUAAGGGUCUUCAUGCAAUAUUUGAGUUGAAGUUUUAUGAAAAAAAUCUACAGUUAUUUUCAGUCUUUUAAAUUGGUGUGUAUUUCUGUUCCUCUUUUUUCUUUGGUCUUCUCUCAUUUAGUAGUGGCAUCAGUAGUAGCACCUGAAAUACAUGUGUCUUGCCACACCAUUAGCUGGUAUCAGGCAACCUUUUCACUUUGACUUUCAUUACUUUUUACAGACUGUAUGGUACUGAAAUACCAGAUGCAUAAAGGCCAUAAUUUGCAGAAGUAAAAGAUGAGAGUCACUGAGACCAUUAUGAGGACCUUAAACAAGAUUUGGAAAAAAAAAACAAACAACAAUCCUCAUUAAUGAUUUAAUGAUCAGCCUUUGCAUAUUCUUGUGAUAGGCUUCUUGACUUGUGGGGAGACCUUGGUACUCAAAAAGGUAAUGACUACCUAAAGCUAGGCAUUUUACAGGUCUGCAGUGUCUUGAAAGGAGCCAGGUGGGGGUCAGCCUCUUCUCCAAGGCAACUAGCGAUGGGACAAGAGGACAUAGUCUUGAGCUGCACCAGAGGAGGUUUAUGUUGGACAUUAGCAAGAAAUUCAUCACAGAAAGUAUGAUUAGACAUUGGAAUGGGCUGCCCAGGGAGGUGGUGGAGUUACCGUCCCUGGAGGUAUUUAAGGAAAGACUGAAUGUGGCACUGAGUGCCAUGGUCUAGUUGACAAGGUAGUGUUCAGUCAUAGGUUGGACUCGAUGAUCUCAGAGGUCUUUUCCAACUUAAUUGAUUCUGUGAUUCUGUGAGUGUUCCCACACAUCUUUGCCAUUGCCUCACCUUAUGCUAUGGACCAGUCUUGGUCUGUACUGAAGAGAAAUUACCAUGCAUUGCAAAAUACUUACUGGGUUAAUAAUACUGGUGUGAUUCUUGUUCUUAGUGUAUAGCUCACUUAAGUUUGUGAGCUGAACUAAUGCUUCAGCUUGUGUUUUGAGGCAAACGUGUUUGAUCUAACUAGCUGCUUAGAAAUAUUUGGUCCUCAUCUGUAUAGGUUGGACAAAUUAAUUGGACCCUAAAAACACACCUGUGAGGCAGGAAAGUAAUAUUCUUAAGUGCAAAGUAUGGAAACAGGUUUCAGGUAGAUCGUAAGUGACCUGCUGAAAUUUCAACAACCAGACGUAUCUCUCCUUAGUUCCACUGCACUGUCCUAUGCAUUUAGUCUGAAUAGUUUCAGAUAGAAGGAAUGGUCUGAAAAUUUUUUUAUCUUAUUGCAAGUUUCACAAUGUUUUCCUAGCUCUGGUCCCCAGAAUUGAUAACAUACUGAAAUUUCAACUUUUUGUAGCCUUAAUUAUACUAACAAGUCUGAUGACAUAUUUUCCAGGACUACUUUUUUAACAUCUUACUUUUUACAGGUGGGAUAAUGCUUUCUCAUUUUGUAUAUGCUGCAAACAUAUUGAGUAUUCCCUGUUACCCACACUACUCAUCUUUAGCAUUCCUUAUUUUCUGCCCCUUGAAGUAGAUGCAGUUGCAAUGCACUUUACUCUUUUAGACUUGGUAAAUAUUUUUUUUCAAUUUUUCUUUUAAAGGCUGUGAUGUUAGAUUUAGUUUCUGUAAUCUAGGAUUCGGUUUUUAGCUGAAAUCUCUCCACAGUAUUUAGAUCAUAUUUAUUUUGGGCCCACAGAUGUACAGAACAAGAAACUACAAAUGUGUAACUAUUUUCUUUAAUAAAUGAGGCAUGUUAAGUUUACAUAAACAAGGUCCUGUAAAAAUGGUAACAUCUCCAUCAGUUCUAUUUUUCAUCCAUGAUGUGCGGUUGGCUGCUGCCCUUCAAGUAUAUUUGACAAGGGAAAGUCUUUAACUCUAGGUAUUCCUUUAAUGCAAUGAUUUGGGAAAGAUAUACAUUAGUGUAUCUUUUAAACAAGGAAACUGAGUUGGUAAAAAAGAUGAAACGGUGACCAAAAGUACAUAAUAAAGAUUGUAGUAGAAAUACAGGUAGUGAGAAUUUAAUCCAUUGUUAUAUCAGGAAAAUAAUCUUCUGUUUCCCCCAAUAAAUACAUUUUGCAUAUGAGAGGGGUUGAAUGUGAUGGUGUGCAUUGAAGCACUAUUCCUGUUCCUAUUAAAGUCUGCAGAGCGUUUGUAGGAAACUUAAGUGUUCGAGGAGACAUUUCAUAUAAUAAAUUGCUUAAACCCCCUGGUGUGUGUGUGUGUGUGUGUCCCGCCCCCAGAUGUUUGGAUAUUUGUGUGUGUGUUUACACCUCUGACUGGAGCUUGGGUGUAAAAAAUGUCACAGAAAUGUGUAAGCCGUACAAAGUCCAAAACAGAGCUGCUUUGGUAUGUGACAGACCAGCAGUUGAUUUUGCUAGUUUUUUAACAGUGUGUAUUGGCUCAAAAUCUAGCUGUCCUUGUUUUUGUUUUAUAUUUAACGACUUCUCAAUGAGACAGAGUUAGGAAAGAGCAGAUUGUUUUUAUUGACUGUCGGUGAAGUAAAAAUGGAAGUUCUGAUUAAUGUCAGUUACUGCUUUGAGCAUAUAACGAUGUAUCUGAUUUGGACCUCUAUUUCUAAGCAGUAUUCUCUUCAUGUAAGGUGGGAUCAAUGGUGAAGUUCCAUUUCUGCACUGUAGUAAUUUAUUUAAUGGCUGCAAAUAAGAUGAAACUGAUGGAGUAGGAACUACUAGUGGACUUAAAUCUGAAAUUCUUCUAUUUCCCCUAAAGGAGCUCGGUCCUUCACUGUGAUAGAUAGAAUUAGGUGUUUUUGGAAUUUAAUGAUACGAUCUUUCCCAUCUCUUCCUUGAGGUAGCAAUUCAGGCAUUUAUAUUGACAGUAUUUACUUAAUAUAAACCUAAGUUCAUUUAUUAUAUGUUUAUUUUAAAUUCAUAUACACUCCAAGAAAAAAACAAGUCCAGAAGAAAUUCCACCACAAAAAACUGCGUUAAGAUGGAGUCAAGUUUGUUGAUGUCCUUCUUACAGAACAUAUAUGAAAAAGACAGGAAGUCACGAAUUGGGGUUCUUUCACAAUCUUUAGGAAUUACUUCCUCUUUUGGAAAAGAUAAGUGCAUCAGAAGAAAAAAAAAAAGAAAAAGAGCAACCUAGCAUCUGCAACUCCGACCAUGUAUAUAUUAUUUCUUGUGGUACUGUGCUAUAAGAUAUGUUACUAAGUCUGCCAGAUGUCUUAGGAGGAUAUUGCCCUAACACAGUGUUUACUCCAGAUUAACGCAGUAUUUUGUUUGGAAAUAUGUAGGUGUACAGAUAGAAUAUGAGAGAUAAAGUUGAGGAAACGAGUGUUGGACAUUUCUAUAUUUUUAUAUAUUAUGAAGGGCAUUUUUGAAAUUUUUCUUGCAGUUUUAGUAAUUAUUUAGCGUGGUAAUAUACAUAUAUUGUGACAACGUUUUCUGCUAUAUCCAUUAUUUUGGUGUAAUUCUGUUUUAUGUAGCAAAUAUGUGUAUAUACAAAGGAAAUUAUGUAAAAAUUACGAUUAAAAAAUAGGCUGAAGCCCUUCAGAAUAAGGACCGUCUUCCUCUGUGUCUGCAAAGUACUAAAUGCCUUGGGGUCCCAGCCAGAGCUCAUGUCUGAGACCCGUGGUGACUGAAUUGCCAAGCGAUGAGUGGGGGGAAGCAGCUCCUCUGCUUCCCAUGAGAAGCCUUAGUGCAAAAGGUGCCAUGAAACUUACCUUGCCAAUCCCUGGUGCUGGGGCUGUGCUGUUCAUGGUCAUUCCCAACACCACCUGCCAAGCAACCCAGAGAGCCCAGAGUCCAUGUAUCCUUUGCUCUGGUCCUUCCCUUUGACAAUAGGAAAGGAAGUCUGAGAAGAAGGUUUGGUGUCAUCAGGGAAUCUUCCUUGUUAGCAGGGUGACCCUUCCAGAGCUUGUUGGGUCUGCAUGCAGUGUCCUUUGAAGCUGAACAAAUGAUUCAUGUUGACUUCAAGGGCCACUGGAUAUGUUCCUACAAGAUCAAGUUCUACUGACAGCUCUGUUACACCUGAAGACCUGGUGUCAGGUUCUUCAGGAAUGGUCUAAAAAUACUGUAAAAAUAUAAAUAUAUUUAAUUACAUGUACUGAAAAAUCCUAUUUGUUGUGGUCAGAGUUCAGAUAAUUACAGGAAUUUUGAUUUCUUAGUCAUACUUGCAUAUAUGUUGCUUUGACUAUUGUGUAUGAAAGAGGAAGUGAUUCUAAAUUGAGUGAAAGAUUGGGAUUACACCUUUUUUUAAUGGCCAUGUUAUUUAGGAAUGGAUGUCAGCGAAUUUAAAUCCAUAAUAAUGCAGUUUUUUGCAUUAGAACAUGUGUGUAUAUCAUACACCCACAUUUUAUAUAUAAUAUAUAUUUGGUACUAACUUUGUAUUUUCCCUGGAAUUUUGCCAAAUCGCAAACACAGAUGUUCUCACUUGCAAGACUUUGGUACUUAACUGAAUGUAUAAGAAAUGCUCUGGUAUGAAAGGAAAGAGUGUUAUAUGGUGUCCCACGGUACGGGGACUCGACCAGCAGGCACAUUGCCUUUUUCACAUCUCGCUUCACUGCAGCAUCACCUUUGGUCUCCUCAAAAGCAGUUCUGUGUCUCAGCCCGAUUGCAGACAGCUGAAUACUGCCCUAGCAUGAAAGCUGACUGGUAGGUAGUAAGAAUACAGUAGUCACCAGUGUGCCACAAAUGCAUUUAUUAAAUGCAGAAAUAGACAUUUCUACAAAGGCCAAAAUCUUAUAUUGUAUGUUCCUUUCUUGUCAUUACAUUGUAUCAUAUUGUAAGAUUAUUGUAUGUCCUAAUUUGCAUUAUAAAAUGUUUUUUCCUACUUAAAGACAUAAAUAUAGCAACUUUGUAUAAAGGUAGCUUUCUAGAUUUUUAUUUCUUUUAUAUGAAAAAGUCUGAACAGUGGGAGUACCAUUGCCAAAUUGUUUAUAAAAUUUCAAGUAAUUUUCCCUGUUAAAUGAAUUUGUUUUUACAAACAUUCCAUAUUUCUUAUACUAUGCAGAAAGAGUGUAUUUUUAUGUCAUUCCACAUUAAUCUUAAAAAAUUAAUUUCACUUGUUUUAAGCUGCCAUUAUUGAGAAAGCUUACCAAAUGUGCAUUUUUAAAAAGUGUUAUGUAUUAUGAAACAUUUUCCCCCCUUUACCAGUGCCAACUUCAUUUGAAAAAAAAUAAAUUGUAGCAUGGCAAUAAACUAUUGAUUUUACAUUAAAAA